GCAGUAAUAAAAAUCUGAAUUCAGCUAAGAGUAUUUAUUAUCAUUGUAGAGCGUUCCCUCACAGUACGAUGUCCGUACACGAAGAGACUCCCGCUCCUCGCAAGCAGCCGAACAAGGCUGCGUGGCUCAACUCGCCCGACGCACCGCAGAAGCCGAACGUGGCCGAGCACAAGGCAAAAGUGUCAGAGCUCGUGGCGCAGCGCCGCGCGCUGAUCGCCGAGGUGAAGGAGCUGCAGAGCUCCAUGCAGAAGGACCCCGCCACCGUGGCACGCGAUGAGGAGCGCAAUGCGUGCCGCCAGCGACUGAGCGAUAUAGACGCGAAGCGCCACGUGUUGCGAGAGCGCCGCGCCGCGCAGGACGCCGAGAUUGCGAAGCUGCGCAAGAAGCGUGGCGAGAUCGCGGAGAGCCUGCGCAACGUCCAGGCCGAGGUGGGCGGCUUCAAGAACGUUAAGGAGAUCGACGACGCGAAGGAGUACGUGAUGCGCAAGAUGGAGAGCAGCAGCGGCGGUCUCCAGGGAGAGAAGAGAAAUCAGGUGCUCCUCAACAAACUGGAGCAAGCCAAGGGGCAACUCUCGCAGCUGCAGCCGCUGACGGAGGCGAUGAAGGAGGUGGCGGACCAGGAAACGGUUCUCCAGCAGGAGUAUCUUGCCAUUAGCGAGCAGAUCGGUAUCCACAACAAGGAGUACGACGAGGAAAUGCAGAAGAAGCGAGCUCUGGACAAGGAGGCGCAGCACAGCAACGCCGGCCGCUCGGACAUUUAUAAGCAGCGCAUGGAAAUUAACUCCAAGAUCAACGACAUUUCACAGACCAUCGAUAGCAUGAGCGUGAAGUUCCAAAAGGCGAUGUCGGAGUACGACACAUGGUACAGGGAGGCUCGCGACAAAUACUUCGCCAAGCAGGCGGAGCAGCGCGAGCAGCGCCGCAGGGAGUACGAGGAGCGCAUCAACGCACACAAGAUCGCCAAGAAGCAGGCACGCGCGGUGAAGCGGCAGAACCCGUACGUGAUGGAGAUUAGCGCGUGUGGGACGCUGAUCCAUUACCUGAAGCAGAAGAAGGUGAUGUUGCUGCAGGACGAAGAGGAGCGUAAGAAGCGCGAGGCGGCGGCGCAUUUCGACCCCUCGCAGGUGGCUCCCGCCGGCUUCGUUGUGCUGAACGAAGGUAAGUGGUCCGACAACAAGCCGCUGAGCAAGACCGCCAAGAAGCAGCAGAGGCAGCAGCAGAAGCAGCAGGAAAAGGCGUCUGCCGUCAAGGUAAACGCCAAUGAUGCUCCACAGCCGGCCGCCGAGGCCAAGGAUCGCCUGCUGCAGCACCCGGAGGACAAGAUCCGUUUUUUCCAGAUGAUCGAGGUGGAGCCGGCGCUGUCGCUCGCCACCAUCGACGAGAAGGUUCACCAGAUCGAGGAGAAGAAGAAGCAGUAUGAGCAGCACAUUCAGACGGGCGAGUUGGUGCUCUCUAGCGGCGACGACGAGGAGGCGGAGGAAGCAGAAGAGGCGCAGGCGGAAGCGGGGCAGCCGGGGGAGGGAGAGCCGGCUGCGACGUCUGCCAUCGCGGCGUCCAACAACGAAGACACCGUUGCCGCUGCUGCAGCUCCAGCAAAUGCCGAAAAAACCGCCUAA